AUGCCAGCUGAGGCAUUGCAAAUGCUUCGCAUUUUAUCUCUGCAAGCUAGAAGGAAUCUCCCACUGACAGGAUCAAGAUGGUUCUCGAGCUCAUUCACUGAUCCGGAUUUAUUCAAGAACAAGGCCUUUAUAGAUGGAGAAUGGAUAGAGAAAGCUGAGUCCUUUGAGGUUAGAAAUCCAUCCACGCAAGAGGUUAUCGGGCAGAUCUCCAGUUGCGGGUCAGAAGACUUCCAGAAUGCCGUCAAUGCAGCUACGGUGGCCUACGACACGUUCCGUCAUACCACUCCUGAGUACAGGUCGCAAGUGCUGUACAAUAUCUACGAGCUGGCCACCGCUAACCAGGAGGAUCUGGCGCGAUUGAUUACCCUUGAAACGGGGAAGCCAUUUCGUAAUUCACUGGGAGAAGUGGCAUACAGUGCUAACACGUUCAAGUGGUUCGCAGAAGAGGCCAACAGACUAUAUGGAUCCGUUCUUUCGGCGACGUCUUCGGUAGAUAGACAAAUGCUGCAUGUCAAGAGGCCCCUGGGAGUCAUAGGAGUUAUGACUUCCUGGAAUUCCCCUAAUGCUGUGGUCGCACGAAAGCUGGCACCAGCGCUGGCCGCUGGAAACGCAUGUGUCAUUCGACCAGCGCUUGAGACUCCGUUGAGUGCAUUGGCUCUUGGUUGGUUAUGUGAGCAAGCUGGCUUGCCUGCAGGCGUAUGCAAUAUUCUGCCUUCAAAGCAUAAAGAUGCUGGAAAGUACCUCUGCAGUAAUCCACAGGUUAAGAAGAUAGUUUACUCGGGUUCCAAGGAACUAGGCAGAUCCCUAAUGAUGCAGUGCGUAAAUGAUAACCCUACAGUGAAGAAGUUUUCGAUGGAAUUGAGCGGGAAUGCGCCGUUUAUAAUCCUGGAGGAUGCUGAUAUCGACAAGGCAUUAGACGACAUCAUAGACUUCAAGUUUGGCCAGUAUGCGCAAACCUGUGCUAAUAGGAUUUUCGCUCACAGGAAGAUCUAUGAGCAGUUUGCUGCAAGAUUGACUGAACGCAUAGAGGAAGUUUUCCAUUUGGGAGACGGCUUUGACAAAGGUGUCACACAUGGUCCACUGAUCAACGUUGAGGCUGUCGAACGUAUUUCUGCUUUUGUAGGGAAGGCAAAACAGAGUGGAGCUCGCGUUCUUACUGGAGGCUCAAGAGCAGAAGCCUUAGGUCCGCUGUUUUAUAGACCCACAGUACUGGCCGACGUUGACGCUUCAAUGGAAAUAUUUCAUAAGGAGUUUUAUGGACCUGUGGCCUCCUUGAUUAAAUUCAAUGACGCUGAAGAUGCAAUCAGAAUGGCAUCUAAUGUCGAUUUAGCUCCGGCAGGAUUUUUGUACACUAAUGAUAUCAAAAGAGCCUAUCUUGUGGCCACCGAGUUGAAAGCCAAGAUUGUUAGUAUAAACACCUGUGAAAUCAGCAAUUGUGCCAUAUCUGCCGCUGGAACGGGGAAUGGCAUUUCAAAAUACGGUCUCGAAGAAUACACGGAGACCAAAUCGAUUGUGUUAGAACCGUAG